GGGUUGUUUCCAAUUUUCGGAAAUCUGUUUAGAUAGCUUCUAAAUAAUUUUAAGAUCACCCUCUCUUUCAUUUUUCGUCUCAAAUCUUUUUAUUUUUUAUGUAUUUCAUCUUUUUCUAUUUUUCUUAAAAUAUUGCUCAGAAAACGCUAGAUCACGUGACUUUGACGUCAUUAUCUAAUGUCAUUCCUUUACAUUUUAAAGCACAUCUAACGAGAAAAAACUAACAUACUAACUAAUUGAUUCCUUGAUUUUAAUAAUUUAUUUUAAUAAAAUAGCUACAAAAACUAAAAUAUUUUAUACAUGUAAAUUAUUUUUAUACAUUUAGCACAAAAAUAAAAUACCUAAAUGUUUUGUGUUGUGUACGCGGUAAAAUGAAACGAAAACGAUGCAAAGAAACGUGAAGUUUGUGUUUAUUUAUAUUGAGGUUAUGUUUAUGUUUGUGUCAGCGUUCGAAAAGAUUUGAUGCUGUUUCAAAAAACUUAAAUAAAAUGAAUACCUACAAGAUUUGUGUUGUGCGAGGCUGUAGAAAUACGACCAUUAGUGCUCCAAAUAAACUGUUCAUCCACGUUCCGCAAUCCACCAAAUCGUUAGAAAUGCGCAAAACAUGGUUACAGUUGGGCGGAAGAAACUUUGCCGAUUACUCCACAAAAUCUUCAAUUUAUUUUUGUGAGGAUCACUUUGAUCUACCAAGAGAUAUGGAGAACUACAUGCAAUUCAAAAUCAUGGGUUCAGUCAAGAUAAAAAUGAAACCAAAUUGUGUGCCUUCAAAAUUUGCGUGUCUGGAAGGUGAAGCAAUGGAAAAUGCAGGAGUAACUGAGGAAACUAAUUUGCCUAGUGAAGAAAGUAGUUCAACUGCAUUUAUUGUCAGUAAAAUUGAUAAAUCUAUCCAGACCUCUCUUUCAACUUCCACUACAUCAGUACAGACUGAAUCUGUUAGUCUAGAAAACAAAUGUGUUCAAUUUAAUUUUAUACCAAAAUACAGAAGUAGAAAAACACAGACUACAACAAAAAAGAUUAAUCAGUUAACAUCACCAAUGCAAAUUUCAACGGUAAGCAAAGGCACAUCACCAUUCAAAGUUGAAAAAUAUAAAGGGAAGCCAUCAUCAUUUGGCAAUACAAAUGUAAGAAGAAAAUUAGUAUUUAUUUCAGAAGAAAUAUCCGACUCUGAAGGUACACCAAGUGUUCCAAAAGAUUCUACAUCACUAUCUGUGACAUCAACAGAAUUUAGAAUAACAGACUACAGUGAUCAAGGAAGUCAAUCCAUAAGCACAGAAGGGUCAACCUUACAAAUAAUUAGAAGAAAUAUUGAAAAAGAAUUUGGUCAAAGAUCACUCAGAAAUACAUUAGAAAGGAUACAGAAAAACCCUAAGUUUUACAUAGGCAUGCCGAAAGACUGUUUUUUCUUAGUUAAUAUUAUUCUAAGAAAUACUAAUAUACCGGAGGAACACAUCUAUCUUUGCUUACAAAAAAUAAGAUUAAAUUGUACUUUUACCGAGCUUGGUGAUCACUUUGGGAUAUCAAAAUCUUAUGCUAGCAAACUGUUCAAAAAACAUGUUGUAGAAAUAGCCAAAGUAUUACAACCAUUUGUAAGAAAUUCAAAGAAAAUAAAAUAUAAUUUACCAAUGGCUUUUAGACAAAAAUAUUACAAAAUUGACUACAUUAUUGACUGUUUUGAAAUAGAAAUUCAAAAACCUAUGAAAGCAGUCUACCAAGCCCUGAGCUGGUCUGAUUACAAAAAAGCCAAUACUUUAAAGUAUUUAAUAAGCAGCACACCAGAUGGUAUAAUUAAUUUUAUAUCUGAAGGUUACAGUGGUAGGACAAGUGAUGUAACCGUAGUUGAAAAAUGCAAGUUUUUGGAGAAUAUGGAACCAGGAGUGUCAAUAUUGGCAGACAGAGGUUUUAAACACCUUCAAAACCUUUGCCUCCAAAAGGGAAUAGAAUUGGUGCGGCCGCCAAGUGUGGGUUCAAAAUCAAAGUUAACUAAAGCAGAAGCUCAUAAAACUAAAGAAGUUGCUAGCCUUCGAAUCCACAUUGAAAGAGUCAUCAGACGUUUAAGGGAAUUUUCCCUUUUAAAACCUCACAGUGUAAUUAAUACUAAUUUGUUAAAAGUUAUAGAUGAAUGUGUUCUUGUAGCAUGUGCCUUAGUAAACAUACAGGAUUCAUUAAUAAAAUCUAGAUAAGAAAAC